AUGACGAUACAACAAAUUAGACAAUUAGCUCAAAAAUACGAAUUAAGAGAUAUGUUAACGUAUUUACACGAUUUGGGUGAAAUUGUAUUCUGUGACAAAGUAGGUGAUGAAGGAAUUAUUGUAACAGACAUUAAUUGGUUAUUAUGUAUAUUUCGCGCAAUUAUUCAGUUACAUGAUUGUCAAUCUGGAAGUUUAGAAAGACAAGGGAAAUAUGAGCAAGUUCGUCAAACUGGAAGAAUAUCGAUAGACUAUACUGAUUAUGUUCUUAACUGUAAAGAAAUUCAUUUAGAUAUUGAUACUAAGAAGACUGAAAAAUACAGUUUACACGAAAGUGAUGAAGAAUUAAGAGAUAUGCUAACGUAUUCACACGAUUUAGGCGAAAUUCUAUUUUGUGAUAAAGUAGGCGAUGGAGGAAUUAUUGUAACAGACGUCGAUUGGUUAUUACGUAUACUUCGAGAUAUCGUUCACUUACAUGAUUGUCCAUUCGGAACUAUUAUGGAAAGACAAUAUAAAUAUGAAUAA